AUGGCCACAUUCAGUGCCUCAGAGAGGAGGAAGAGGACCAGGGGAGAUAGGAAGUCGGUUGAGACGUCCCUUGCUCUGAGGCAGAUGUUUGAGAGUGUCAUAAUGAGAGAGCUCUACCCACAGUCCAAGAUUGAUAUCUACAUUCAAGUUCUACAGUCAGAUGGAGGUAAUAGAUGUGUGUCCAUCAAUGCCGCCACCAUGGCGCUUAUUGACGCCGGGAUACCGCUGAAGGACUUUGUGUGUGCCAGCAGUGCUGGCUACAUCGAGGACACUCCUCUACUAGAUUUGAACUAUCUGGAGGAGACUGCCGGAGGUCCCAACCUCACACUGGCUCUACUGCCCAAAUCGAACAAGAUUGUUCUAGUGCAGAUGGACUCAAGACUGCAUGCUGAUCACCUGGAGAAAGUAAUGAACACGGCCAUCACCGGAAUCUCAAGGGUCCACGCGAUACUAGACAGAACUGUCAAGGAGCACUUGCAGAAGACCAUAGGCACCAUUACAGCUUAGAAGAAAGUGAUUAUUCGUCUCAACUCAUCUCAAUUCUUUCACAUGUAAAUAUCUCUAUGGUGAUUAAUGUCAUGAACAAGACUGUAUAUUAUAGUGAUGUGAAUGUGGAGAUGCAAAGUAGGCUGGGAAAAGGCGAGUGAAAUACACCUUGUUCAAAUUCCCAGUGUCACAAAAUACAGUUCAUGAGACUAUAAUAGUGAACUCUCUACGUGGUUGAUGAAGGCGUCCAGACCUGCAUCUUGUUGAAUCUGCGGUAGCACAGAGAGUGUCCGUGCUCUCUGUACUCAGCUAGAGUCACUGGUACCAGGUGUCCCGGCUUGCUGCUUGCACUCGCCAGCGUGGCCCCGCCCAACCAGGCGUAACUGGGCGGAGCCUCGGGGACGGUCACAUUCACAUCGUAGUCGUCGGGCGCAAUUUUUCGGACUUCGCUCAGGACUCUAGUCUCGAACCCUGGAAACAGGGCGUUUCCCCCGGUUACGAUUAUGUUUGCGUAUAGGUGAGGGUGCAUGGGGGCUGGGGUGAGGGAAAUAGAGUGGGCGAUGGCCUCGGGUAUCCCCAUCUGCUCUAUGCCGAUGUUGGACGGGUGGAAAAGUAUCUCCGGGAUAGAAAAACGCUCGUUGGCCAGUUUCAGACACUGUUCGUCCGUCUGUUGAUUGUGCUGCUGCUGCUGGUGUCCAGAUUUACCAACAGGUUCUCUCAGAGAGCCUCUUCUCCUAUUGGUGAAGUCUGGAAGUACAUACUCUCGUAGUAUUGUAUUGGCACUCCCCUUUUUUCGAGAUGUGUCCAUGUCUCUGAGAAAUUCCUGUGACACGUAGCAAGAGUCUUCCUUGACCUGAUUCAUGACGUAUGUUUCGUCCAUGACAUGCAACUGUCGGUAGGACACUAUCUCCUUCAGAUAGUUUGUGAGCAGUUUUCCUCCAACGUCGAUACGUUUUACUCCCUUCUCAACGAUCUUGCCCCUGUAAUAAGGGACUAUAUGGGUGAACGAGUAGCCAGUGUCCACCACUAGGCAGCAGAGAGAAGAAGGGUGCGCCUGCUGGUAGAGAAACGAAGAGUAGGAAGGGGCGGGGAGACGAAGGAGCGAACUGAACUUGUACUCUUCGAAGAAAAUCUCGUUCAUGGUGUCCUGAAUAGAGCGGAAGUUGUAGACGGGUUCGCUGACGACGAGAGAGUGGGUCUCAGAUUGGAGGGCCAUGACGGCCUCGCCCAGAACGUAGUCCCAAACCUGUCGCUGGGUGUCCCAGUUCACCAGAUGGCCUCUCUGGAACGGCAGCACGUAGUAGAGCCCCGACAGGUCCUUGCACUCCUCCAGUUGGUCUCCAAUAAAGUUCUUACGUCUCUCAGCCUUGGACCUGGUUAUGCAGUUUGGUAUGAAUUUCGGCUCCUGGUCGCUAGCCACCCCUACUUUUAGGCUGUACGCUCCGUUGUCCAGCACAACAGUAGCUGCCAUGGCUCUUCUGAUCUUGAGCAGUACGGAACGUAG